AUUUUUCUGCAUGCACAAACUCUGGUUGAACAAACCCAGUGUUCAAACCCUUUAAAACUGUGUGUGAUUUGAACUGACUUACUAAAACAGAACUAAUUCACCAUGGCACGCGAAGAGGACUACUACACUCUCAUGUCUGGGCUGCAGGAGCUUGAUUUCCAAGGGAAAGCAGUCCCCAGUGAUCUUGUACUAAUAGGUGAACAUGCCUUUCCACUUGCCAUGAAUCCAAGAGGUCAGGUGCUGAUGGCUGCAUCUCAUUACGGUCAGGGACGUAUAGUGGUGUUGGGACAUGAGGAAUACCUAACACGCUUUCCUGGCCUCAUAGAGAAUGCUCUAAUGUGGCUUAUGCCAUGUACCGGUGAUGCCGGCAUUAUAGGAAUUCAGGGGAGUUUACGUUCAGUAGCUGAAAACCUGAACUACUGCCCUAUCAAGACAGAGCUAGGAGACUUCCGUAACGAAUUAGCUAUAUAUAUCACAGAUGCUUACAGUGUCGAGACCUGUGCAAAGGAUCUGGUUGCUUUCCUCAAAGCUGGAGGUGGUUUGAUCAUUGCUGGCCAAGCAUGGAGUUGGUCUCAUGACCAUCCACAAGAAAACACUAUAAAGAACUUUCCAGGAAACAAGGUGUGCAGUGUUGCAGGAAUUUAUUUCUCUGAACUCCCAGGAGAAGUUGGCAACUUUCCUGUUCCAAGAAACAUUCCUUCUAGUUGGCUUUCUGUCUCAAUAGGCAAAGACUUCAAAGAUGAUCUAGAAUUCCUGCUACAAGGUGUGUCCGAGUUUGACACCCAAGGAGGGGCUUUAGCAUCUGAGGUGAUGGUGCAUGGACCAUUAGCAUUCCCCAUUGCAGUCACUCCUGCUGAAAAAGCAUUCAUUGCUGGUGCUUAUUAUGGACAAGGUCGAGUAAUUCUGGCAUCCCAUGAAGGCUACCUGGGCCGGGACUCUCUGUCCACAUUCAUGAUCAAUGCUAUCAAGUGGCUUGAUGAGGGUCGGAAGGGUGUUAUUGGGAUCCUACCCAGCCUCAAAGCAGCCCACGUGGUACUGAGCAAAUCAGGUUUAGAUUGCCAGUUGACUGGCUUCAGAGAAGAUCUAAGCGUCUACGUAUGCACCUCCUACAGUGAUGCCCAAUGUGCAGAGAUCCAAGAAUUUGUUGCUGAAGGUGGAGGACUUCUGAUUGGGGGUCAUGCCUGGUAUUGGGCUCAGACCCACUGUGGCUGCAAUGUGAUGACUGAAUACCCAGGAAAUCAUAUUCUUAACAAGAUGGGAUUGUGUCUCUUAGGCAAUACCUUGGGUGGAGGGUUAUAUAAGGCCCUAGAUAUAGAGCAUAGUUGUAGAGAGGGGUACCACUUUCGUAGCAUGCUGCAGCGGUUUGCUGAACAUGUAAGCCUGGGGCAAGAAUUGACUGCUCAUGAACAGGGCUGCUUGAAGCAGCUGGCCAGUGACUGUGGCAGUUACCUUCGUAUGCGUGCUCAUGACAGUGCUGCCUACACCUCAGUGGUAGCAAUUCUUAGUGACAUAGUGAAGGAGGUAGGUGUUCCACAGGUGUGCAGUAAUUGUCCUGUCGAAUGUGGUAAAGACCACCUGAUGCUCCACAUUGGAUCUGAGAUAUACAAAGUGUCGCCUAAUCCUGAUGCCCUUCUUCCAUACAUCAUCAAGGACAGACCCAACUUGCCCACUGUGUCUGAUGCAAGAGUUCGGAUCAGUGCUAACACUGGGGGUUGUGAGGAAUGGAUAAGCACAGGGUUAUAUCUUUCUCCUGGUAUGAAGACGUACAUAUCAGUACCUCCAGAGAUCGUUGGGAAAAAUUGGCAGGUGCAGCUUGGUUGCCAGACAGAUAACAUUGGUGGAGCAAACAUCCUGAAACGGGCUCCUGUGGUCCAUGAGCGAUUCCCUUUGGACACAAAAAUGGUACAGGUCUGGAAUUUGUGGGGAGGGCUCAUCUACCUAAUAGCACCUCCCCAGAGCAAAGUGGAAGGGGUGGAAAUUGUCUUGCAGGUCUCAGUACAGGCUCCAUACUUCAAAUCUGGAGAGACUAGUGUAGCUGACUGGGUGAGCAGGAUCCGUUCGGCACCUGCCCCCUGGGCAGAACUUGAGUUUGAGAACAUCAUCAUCACAUUAGAAUCAGAAUUUGUAAGGAAUCUGGACUGCCCUGAUGAGGUGGCUACAUUGUGGGAUACCAUAAUGAGAAGCAUAACUGACCUGGCAGCAAGGCCUGCCAAGUUACCCCGCAAGGAGCGGUUUGUUGCAGAUGUUCAGAUCUCUCACGGUUUCAUGCAUGCUGGAUAUCCCAUCAUGAUGCACUCCAACUCUGCCCCAGCACUAAUAAACGUAAAGGAAGCCUAUAAAAGUGGUCUUUGGGGAGCCAUUCAUGAGUUGGGUCAUAACCAGCAGCGUGGAGUUUGGGAGUUCCCUCCACACACCACUGAGUGCACCUGCAACCUGUGGUCAUUGUACGUACAUGAGGAACUUCUGCGAUUUGAUAGAGCUAAUGCUCAUCCAGCCAUCACUCCAGAAAACCGUCAGGCUCGUGCCAAGAUGUAUCACAGUGGCGGAAAGGAUUUAAAAAGCUGGAGUAUGUGGACGGCACUCGAGACUUACAUGCAGCUUCAGGAAAAAUUUGGCUGGGAUGCUUUUAAGAAAGUUUUUACUGCCUACCAUACUAUGAAUGGAGUGCCAAAUGACAAUGCAGGCAAGAUGAAUCUGUAUGCUGAGACCUUCUCCAAGGUGGUCAACGUGAAUUUGUCCCCCUUCUUCAAAGCGUGGGGUUGGCCCAUCCAGCCCAGCACAGAAGAGAAGAUCUCUCAUCUCCCUGAGUGGAAUGACCAUCCUAUGAGCCAGUACGCAUAAGAACAUCUCAGUUUUAAUAUAAUUGAGGGGUUAGAUUAAGUAUAAAA